GGGCCUAGGACUCGCCACGGCUUCGUAUCCUGACAGCGUCAACGUGGUUUCAGGCCCUCCUGGCCGGCUGAGAUGUAGAGCGGCGACUUCCACUUCUGUCCGCUUCCGGUCCCUGACGUUGUCAGGCAGCAAAUCGGUGAUGACCUACCGACGCUUCUCGAUCUCGACUCUCAAUAUGACAGCUGCGGUAAAUGCGACUAAAAGGAUGUCGGCAAUGGACGUGGUGCAGUGCGCGAGGCAGGCCGCCUUGGAAGACAUGGCUGGGUUUUCUUUCAAUGGAACCUGCACAGCAUACAGAUUUGGCAAGAAACUCUGCUCCUGUUCGACGGAAGAACCAGUCAUUUACGUGACCAACUCCAGUGUUUCCUAUGAAACUCCCUCAACUGUUCCUUUCAGCGCUGCUCCCUACGUCAACGUCACUGUCGAGAACACCGGAUUUAAGCAGUACAAGCUCGUGAAUUUCUUCUUGGAUGUCAUUGCUACCCCAAUUGUGCCACCACUUUAUAUCCCUUACGUAGCACCGUACGGCCACAUCUUUCCUCAAGACGAUGGCACCUACAGAGGUAUUGGAAUAUCUGAUCUGGACCUGGCUUCUUGCGUCACCGACUCUCCAUGCGGAUUAACCGUGCUCGUCAGCACAACGCGCCCAGCUUACUACCUGCUGAACGAAUGCGGCAGGACCAUUGAACUUACGGCUGACUUCUCCAAGUCAGACAGGGUUAUGGUGUACUCACACCCCGGAUUCGGGUGCAAGGCAUUCCCCGACGGUCCGGCCUACAACUGCACCGUUACUUUCACAUCAACUACUUCUACAUUUGGGUUUAUCUUUUCUGGAGAAUACUUCAUGGACGCUGCCAAAACCUGCGACGGCUACACGCUGCGUGCUACUUCGGGUUCCAAAUCAAUUGAUCUGUGCUUGAAUAAUUUGUCCGUAAAUGGCAAGACUACAAUCACUCUGCGAGGCCAGGCGCUGGCCAAGGCCUUCAAGGCGGGGUUCUACUUGGCAUUCUAUAAGUAAAUGUGCCCAAUUCGCUCCCAUCGCCACCCCACGCUCCCUUAUCUCAGCAACAUCACACACAUGAUCAUCGCAGCCUUCACCUCAAGAGAGGGACUCCAAUUCCACAAAAACAAAAAUUUAUAUUCUUCUGAAGUCAUAUUUCUUAAGUUAGUUGAUGUGACCGCAUCUCAGAGAGAAAUGUCACUAAGACGCGGGGUAAUUUUAAAUGCAAUAAAAAAAGUAAGAAAUUAUCAGAAAUACCUCAUAGAAAAUGAUGGGGCCGCUGAACUUUUGGCAAUGCUGGACAUGACAACAUUGAAGACGCGAUGUGAUGUCACCCAUGAAUGAUUUUUUUUA